UUCAAUUGACAAACUGUGGACAACCUGUCGCAUUCUUGGAAUUUUCUGUAAAAUUGCAAAUGAUAUUAUGUACUAACACUUUGCGUCAUGAUUGUUCUUCUUCUGCGUGUUAGUGGCUAAUCGUUACCCUUGUUCUACGUAACCAGAUAAUCAUAAGAGCAAACACAUUUAUUGCAUUUGUAAAUACAAUAAAGUUGAAAAAUUUAUAACAUACAUGAAAUCAAAUAUUUUAGUAUUCAAAGAGUUGUCGUUAAAGUUUUGUAUGCUGUGACAUUCACUUUAUUUGUGCUAUCGCGAUGGAUUUGUUUAAACAAAAUAUGAAGGGACCUACGCGGCCAGCUCCCGCCGUACCCAACAUGGGUGUCAGUAGAUAUUCUCCUGUCACUAACUGGAAUGACGAUCCUUUUGGUGCUGAUGUCUUUGAACCGACACCCUCAUACGCCCAAAAAAAGAAACCGCCACCAAGGCCGCCGCCGCCUAAAGUGUCUAAGCAUCUGGAUGUUCCAACAAAACCCUCUCAUUUCAUACGUAGACCUACAGUGCUGUCUUCAAUUUUGGGCCGACACAACAAGAACAAAGUGACCCAACAGAAUGCCAGCCAACCUAUAUUGGAUGUGAAUAGUGAUGUAGACACAUACAAAAUGUUUCCUAAAUGUGAUCGUGCAAAUAAUCAAAUGGGUACAUUGAUAGACUUGUCCUCGCCUCCCAGUUCACCAACAUUCACAACAAGAUCCAGCAGCGACGGUGUUAGUGUUGAUAGUUUCGGUUCAGAUGCAACAACAUCAACAAAUCAUCAAAAUGCAUUUGGUGGUAAUGCAUCCCAAGCUGAAAGCGGUUUUGAAGAUGAUUUUGAUCUAUUCCUUAAUUCAAGAAAACCACUGCACAAAGAUGACACCAUUGAUGAUUUUGCAAAUGUUGAUCCAUUUUCUCCAUUACCCUGUAAAACUGUGACAAAGAAGACAGUCUUAAGUUCGGAGUCCUAUGAGACAUCUAGUAUAACGAGUAGUCAAUAUACCGUGCCUUCUUUAAAAGGACCAACUAUAAUUCGUGCUAAGCCAGCAAGACCCAAACCUCCAGAUAAUUCGGCGUUGUUAAAGAGCACAUUUGGAAGCGAUUUCCAUAUGACCUCAAUGAAUGUUAAUACCACAACACCAAUUACCAAAAUUAGUAAUGGCUUCAUACAUAAUGUGGAAACGAAGCCAGACUUCACCUUCACCUGGGAUUCAUCACCUGAACGGGAUUCAUCACCACCGAUGCCAACGAUCCCCCCGCCCCCGCCGCCUGUCAUCACCGAUGAGGACCUGCCAGUUGUGUGGCCCGAAGACUUACUUGAUGAUGACGACGAACCAUACGCGAUAGCCCUGUUCGACUAUCACACAGGCCAUAGAGACGAUUUGUCAUUUACCGCUGACACCCGGAUUACUCUGAUAAGGCGAGAGAACGACGAGUGGAUGUAUGGUAGGUUGCAAGAUGGAAGCGAAGGUCUUUUUCCAUCCAAUUACGUGGAGGUGAAGGUGCCGCUACCAAACGAACAGUCUAACAACAUCGGCACGGCGAUAGCGUUAUACGACUUUGAACCGAUGCAGACCGGCGACCUUAGUUUCAGUGUGGGCGAUAAAGUAACAGUUUUGUCAAAAAUAAACGAUGAAUGGCAUUACGGUGAGUGCAAUGGCGUCAAAGGACAGUUUCCCGCCAAUUACGUCCAAAUGAGUUAGCGAUGUCUUUUUAUUUUAAUCUGUGAAUUUGUGAUUUUUUUUUUUUUUAAUAAUUAUUGUCAAUGACCACAGCUAAAUCAUUUAUUUAAAUGUCCGUUUAAUUGUAAUCGUAUGUGAUAUUGUAUGAAAUUUGUAUGAAGACUGAUGUUUAAAUUUUUACCAUCCACGUGUGAAUUGGAAAUAGACUUUAGUUGUAUGCGAUUAAAGUCGUUUAUUGAUUGAGCUUAAAAUGAUCUUGUCAAGGUUUAAGGCAACGAAGCCAUACGUGCAAUGCACUAUCUCAUUUUGCCAUAAUAAAGUAAUAAGGUAAUUAUCGUCUGACAUUAAUGAUUUAGGUUGCGUGCACAUCGGUGCAGUCGAAUGAAAUUACAUGAGAAUAUUGUGAUUCCAUAACGAAAUUACUUUUUUACUCCACUGAUGUAGUCCCUUCCUAAUGGCGUUCCGUCUGUCAAUGUGUAUACGUCUUUAUAUAUCUUGUUUUUUAUAUAUGCUCGGUUGAUCUGAUGAUAUUUUUAGUAUCCAUAUACUUUGUACGCCAAAGUGUGGCUUACUAUAACUUUGUUUUUUUAUAUAUUUGAAAUGUCGACGUUUAGUUUUAAUAUCGUGUGACUGUAAAUAAUUUUUAUCGCUACUAAUGUUGUGCAAGGAACGUAGUUAAUUUUUUUUUUUUUUUGCUUUAUAUCUUUAUAUUUAAUCUCUUAUAAGGCAAUAAGGUCCGAUAUGCGCUCAUUUUUAUAUUAUAUUUAUGUGAAAUGUCGUUUAUUGUAAUAUUUUUUUUUACAUAUUUUUCAUAACGCUUCAUAGAUUUAAUGCCAAAGGCACUUAUCAUAGUAAUUUAAUUAUUUUUUUUGUCUAUAAUAUAAUAAAUGAAAAUAAAAAUUGUAAUGUAUAUUUUUUUUUUGUAAUUUGUUCGUUUCGUUUAAUUGUAAGUAGUUUUAUUUCGGUGGGACCAUAACCUUAAGUGCCUAAGUAUUUUGAACAUUAUUUGUGUAUAGUGAAAAUAUUUAUAAUAAAUACAUUAAUGUAA